CUUCUUCCAGGGAUCCCAUACCCGUGUAGGAUACUUUUCGGAUACUGACACUCGUGUCCGAAGGUCGGAUACGUGUCUGAUACUUCUGUAAAGUGUCCAAAUAUUAUUUUUUAUUGGACAUGCGUGUCCGAGGCUCAGACACACGGUCAGAUACUUCUGUAAAGUGUCACUCCUCUCAAUCUCUCCGCUUCUUCAAUUAUCUCUCUUCAUGAACAAGAUAUAUAUAUAUAUAUAUAUAUAUAUAUAUAUAUAUAUAUUUAAGUUAUAUGAACAAAACUUUGUGAAAGACUAAAAGUAUAUAUGUUUAUUCAUAUGCAUAUUUAGUUCAUUAUAGUUAUGUCUCUUCUGCACAUCUUCGUUUGGAAUUUGGAUCAACUUUAUUUUUUAUUUAUUUUCUGUUUUGUCUUGUCUAUAUUUUUCUUAUAACAGAGAUGAAAUUAUUGAAAUUGAUUCUGUUCUUUGUUGUUGUUUUAUUUUUCUGUACAAGAUUCUAGUAAUUAUAUUUUGAAUAUAUAUAUAUAUAUAUAUAAUUUUAUAGGCGUAUCCCCGCCGUCUCCGUGUCCUAUUUUUUUAAAAUUUGCCGUGUCGUGUCGUACCCGUAUCCCGUAUCCGUGUCCGUGCUUCAUAGCUAAAAACAAAAUUUAAUAAUUUGUUUUUUACAUUAAUUUUUUGAUUUUAAGCAUUACAAUUUUUUUUUUUCCUUUUUUUUUCCUUUGGUCAUUAUGCAACUUAAUCAACAAUAUUAAUUAAUUUUUUGAUUUCAAGAGUUACAAUUUUUUUUUUAAAAAAAAAUUAUUUUUGAAAAAGUCAAUAUACAAUUUAUUCAACAAUAUUAAUUACAUAUUUUUUUUAAAAAAAAAAGGAGUUUUGAGUAAGAGUUUUAAUUAAUUUUUUGUCAUUUAUUUUAUAAAAAAAAAUUGGAGGAAGAGUGAAGAGAGAGAGAGAAUUAUCACAAAAAAAGAAAAAAAAAAAAAAAAAACAGAAAAAGGAGAGGAGAGAGUGAAAGGGAGGAGAGAGAAAAGAAAAAAAAAUAGGGAGGAGAGAAAUGAAGAGAAAAAAGAUAGGGUUUUGUUUGAGUGGGUUAUGAACUUAAGAUGGGUUCCCACUCUUAUCUCAUUUUUGAUCAUUGAAUUGUAUGGGUAUAUACUCACUUUUUAUCCAUUGUUGCCAACUCACUUAAUUUUGGGUGCCCAAAUGAUUUAAUUUCAGUGGGCGGGUUUGGGGGGUUUAACGGGUUUGGGCUUAAAUUGCCACCCCUACAAAAGCUCUAGGACGCGAUUUCAGCAUUGAAAAGUGAUACAGAAUCCGUGAUGGAGGUCAGGCACGAUGGUGAAGAGUGCUCAAGAUGGAGUCGGUUGUGUUGCCCAGAAAACUGAUUCAGCAUUGGCAAGUUUGGCACGUGAUAAAAGUGCAGAUGCGUGGGUAAAGUUGGGCCAAAUAGAAGAGAAAAUGAAAAUAGUGAGAACUAAGGUUUCAAAACUUUAGCUAGAUGCGAAGAUUUGAGGCCUUGAGGUGGGUGGCGAAACGGUAGCGUGGGUUUGAUGGAUGACCUUGGAUUGCAGCCAGAGGCUUAUGUCGUCAUCUCCGUGGUAAGAGGUUUUGACGCCUACGCUCUAUCUUCCUUACAUGCCGAUGGAUCAAAAUCAGUAAGCAAUUUAACGGACCGUAAAAGAAUACAAUGAAUUAUAAGGCUCUAAACAAAAGAAUACGCUACGCGAAAGUCGAUAUACGAAAGAUAUAAAAGAAUACACUACGCGAAAGUCAAUAUACGAAAGAUCCAUAGAAACAUUUGAACCUCUGAUACCAACUGUGAUACUCAAAAUUGGGGAUAUCAAAACAAUUAAGGUAGUAAACGAACGCAUAAUACAAAUGGAUAAAUAAAGAAUAAAUAAAUAAUGAAAGAAAAACUAAAAUAAUAAUUAAAUAAAAAAUCAAUAAAAUCCAAUAAUUUAAUAGCUCCUUUAAUAUCAAUAAUCCUCCAAAAUACAACUCGGGAAUCCAUCCCAUGUGGACCCCUAAUAAAAUCCCAACUGAAAUGAAUAAAAAUAAUAACUGUCUAAAUCUAAAUACUGAAAAUAAAAUAUAGAAUCCUACAUAGAUGACUGAAAGAGUGAUGAUAUUUGGUCUCUACUCUGCACGAACACAAGCUAUGUCUGGAAUUGACGCGAACCUGAAAAAUAAAUAGUGGGUCAGACUCACAAACAGUGACCGACCUAGGAAUUUUGUUGAGGGGGGCGCCGUUGAAGAAUAAAUAAAAUUGAAAACAAAUAUUUUUAAAGUAAUAUAAUAAAUAUAAGAAUUUUAAAAAAAUUAGUGGGGUGACAAUGUGAAAUAGAGUAUUUUAAAACUUUGAGUUGGGGUAUUUUUUAAAUUUUAAUUGAAAUUAUAGGUAAUAAUGAAAAUUGAAAAAAAUUGAGUGGGGCAUUUUUUGUAAUUUUAGUUGAAACUAUAGGUAAUAAUGUAAAUUAAAACAAAAUUCAGUGGGGGCAUUUUUAAAAUUUUAAUUGAAACAAUAGGUAAUAAUGUAAAUUUGAAAAAAUUCAUUAGGGGAUCCGCUCCCCACUGAGGCCAGUGGGUCCGUGCCUAAUUCUUUCUACUUAUAACUUUGUAGACCUAAUAAAAGACUUAGGACUUGAAAGUCUAUCAAAAGAAGCCUUAAAAAUCAUAAUAACAGUCGAAGACUGGAUCAUCAAAAUUCAUAAAAAAAAACUCCGUUAUAGUAAGAGCUUAAAUAGCGGCAUGGAAUAUCCCUCCUGCAACAGGUAGAUUUUUAAAACAAUCUAUACAGAGAGGCCAAAAUAGGAGAAAUGAGAAAGAGAUGUCCGUGUGCAAGAAGAGCAGCUGGACACAACGGUAAUAUAUGUUACCCUAAUAUAUAUAACCGUAAUAUGACAAUAAUAUUAUAUUAACACUUGGAGUGCCUUUAUCCACAAUAUUAAUCUUAAUCUGUAUCUUAGACCGACAUUCCUUGUGGAGCUAUUAGAAACGCUUUUUCCUUAUUUCCUUGUGCAUUGGUUUUAAGUUGAUUCAAUCAUUUUUCAUGGCUUACGCAAUUAACCAAGUCAGCAUCAUUCCAAGGUGUAAAUAUCAAGAGUUGGACUCCCACGCGGCCAAGCAGACACAACACAAUCACAAAUAGCUAACUGCAGUGACAAACAUGAUGGAUCGAAUCAUAUAUAAGGCUGCUGCGGAGGGAAAUAUUGAUGUCCUGAUCACACAAAAUGCUGAUCAACUUGAAGGCCAAGUGACCCCCCAAAAGAACACAGUCCUCCAUGUCGCGGCUCAGUUCGGCCAAACGGAUUGUGUGAAAGUGAUCUUAGACAAGUGUGGCCAAUCACUGCUUUGUUCGGUAAAUAACAAAGGUGACAGUUCACUUCACAUUUCGUCCAGGGAUGGAUAUGCCGACGUAGUAUGGGAACUUAUUAAGUAUGCGAAAAAAGACAUGGAUCCUGAAAGCCGGACUAGAACUACCAAGAAGAUGCUGAGGUUGAGAAAUGUGGAGGGUGACACGGCCUUGCACGAGGCUGUGCGAAAUGAAAACAAUGUUGAUGUGGUUGAGAUUUUGACAAGAGAAGACUCCAAGUUUGAACAUCCACCCAAUAACGCCGAGGAGACUCCCCUUUUCCUGGCGGCGGAGAGAGGUAAUUCAAUGAUUGUGUCCAAAUUCUUGGAGAAUUGCAGAUCACCAACUUACAGUGGCCCAAAUGGAAGGACAGCUUUACACGCAGCAACAAUUCAUGGUUACAAAGAAUGCGUAAAAAUUUUAUACCUCUUGAAGCCGUCACUAACCAAGGAAGCAGAUGUAUAUGGAUGGAGACCACUCCACUAUGCUGCGUGGAUAAGAAAUCCGUCAAUGGUUAGACAACUACUUGAUUUGGAUGAAUCGGUGGCGUACCUUGUUGCAGAUGAAGAUGACAACAAGACAUCUCUUCAUAUAGCAGUGAGUCGAGGUAAUGUAAAAAUCAUGAACGAAAUAUUAUCACGCUGUCCAGAUUGCUGGGAAAUGAUUAACACUAGAGCCCAGAAUAUCCUUCACAUUGCAGUGGAGCAUGAUGAGCAGGAAACAAUCAAAUUUAUCUUAGAAAAUUCAUUUGGCAAAAAGCUUAUAAAUCAGAAAGACACAGAUGGAAACACACCUUUUCACAUUGCUGCUGCUAAUCAUUCCAUCUACUGGAAGUAUUGGGAGCUUUUUUCCCAUCUCGGUGAUAAAAAGGCCUGCAACAAGAAAAACUUGAUGGUAAAAGAAACACGUGACCGACGGCUCCGGGAGGCACCAGAAGGUUCACGAAACAAAUUCGAAGUACCUAAAAAAGAGGAAGCUCAGAAGAGAGAAAAUAAAAAAAAAAAAGAAUUCACGAAACUUGGGGACACGGCAUUGAUAGUGGCUGGGCUUAUAGCAACGGUAACAUUUACAGCUGGUUUCACGGUGCCAGGUGGAUUUGAAAGUGACGAUGGAGUAAACAAAGGCAUGGCAGUAUUAGGAAGACGGACAGCUUUCAUAGCAUUUGCUUUGACCGAUACUAUUGCUAUGCUCUUAUCCAUUAUUGCAGUAUUUCUCCUCUUAAUUUCAUUCACUUAUACUUAUAAUCAUGAUGAGGACGAGCGUAUAAAGCGCCAAGUCUGGGCUUUUUGGCUCAUUACGGCUGCCAUGGGAGCAAUGGUGGUUGCAUUCAUGACUGGUUUUUAUGCUACAUUGGAACCUUCAUUAGGCCUUUCAAUCACUAUAUGCCUCAUUUGUUUCGUCUUCUUUCCUAUUUCUUUCUUUGUAUUUUGGAAGAGAAUCAAUGAGGGUAUAGAUAUAGACCUAAGAGCAACAUAAAUUGUAGUGGAACUGUAUUCACUGCUUCGGCAAUAUGUACCCCCAAAAUGGUUUUAUUGAAUAUAUAACCGUCUUUCUCCCACACAA